GGCGCGACCAUGAAGCGAAAAAAGCGGGUUUUGAGCUGAGAACGACGACACAAACAAGUGGGAAUGAGAUGCUGCAUUGUUGUUUCCUUUCAAGCAGAAAUAAAAUCGCGAAAUUAUUAUUUUCUAAAUUUCAAAAUUUACGGAAAUUUGGUGUCCCCAGAGUCACACUUACCUCCACCACUCCCACUACUUACUUUUUAAAGUGUGACGUGAAUAUAUAUUAUACUGCAUCGUGUUUCUUUUCGACUUCGUUUGCUAACUCAGCCAAAAUGCAUCAGACCAAGAUUGGACAGUUCUUUAAGAAGAAGGAGUCCCCUUCUUCGUCCCCCGUUAAGAAGCCAGAGCUUCAGAUAAAACCGAGAAAGGCGAAGCCGCCUAGCACUUCGGAUGAGGAGGUGGAGGAAGAAGAAGAGGUCAAGGUGAAGGGGAGGGCAAAGAAGACCUUGUGGAAAAUUGGGGGAGGAGAAUCAUCGUCGUCACCAGCGGGGAAGAAGAGGAAGUCAAAGAAUACGUCUUCGGAUGAAGAGGGAAUCCAUAAAAAAGUGAUGGCAGGGGGAAGCAGUAAAAAGCAGAGGAAACGUAUCGUGGUAGAAAGCUCAAGUGAAAGCGAGAUGGAAGUAGAAGAGAAGAAGGAGGACGAGGAGAAAGUUGAAAUAGUGGAGAAAGUUGAGGACAAUGAUGAAGCAGUUGAAGAAGUGAAGGAGGCAGAUACUGCUAAAGACGAGAAGGACGAGGAGGAGAAAGAAGAAAAUGGAAAAUCGCCCAAAUCACCAUCAAUGUCGUCAUCAGAGGAUGAGAAGAAGAAAGAUAAGCCGAAGGAUAAGAAAGUUGUUGAUAAAAAGGCCGCCAAGAAAUCGGUUGAGAAAGAAGAUAAGGGCAAGUCUAAGAAAGAUGAUAAGGACAAGUCCAAGAAGGAUGAUAAGAGCAAGUCCAAGAAGGAUGAUAAGGGCAAGUCCGAGGAAGAUGAAAAGGAAAAGUCCAAGAAAGAAAAUGGGGCCAGCAGUAGCAGCAGCAAAGUUUCUCCUUCAAGUUCUGCCAAAAAAGAUGAACCAAAGUCAUUCUUCGGAAAGCCAGUGACCACUAUGAUGGGAGGAGGUGCAAAUCCCAAGGGGUGGAACGAUGACUAUGAUCCCAGCAAGAACAAAUAUCACCCGAUUGACGAUGCUUCGUGGAAAAGGGGUGAAAAGGUUCCUUAUUUGGCUCUGGCGAAAACUUUGGAAGCUAUCGAAGCAACGAGUAGCAGACUGAAAUUUAUCGAAAUCUUGGCAAAUUACUUCCGAUCUGUGAUUCUCCUUUCUCCAGAUGAUCUCUUGAUGAGCGUUUAUCUCUGUCUGAAUAAAUUGGCUCCAGCCUACGAAGGGGUUGAGCUUGGGGUGGCGGAAACGAACGUGAUGAAAGCUAUUGCUCAGGCGACAGGUCGUGCCUUGGAUCGGAUAAAGUCUGAUGCAGCCACAAUGGGGGAUUUGGGUUUGGUCGCUGAAAACAGUAGGUCAAACCAAAGGACUCUUAUUCAACCAAGUCCAUUAACAGUAGCCGGAGUGUUUGCCAAAUUGAAAGAGAUUGCGGCAAUGUCAGGCCAAGCGUCGCACGCCAAAAAGAUUCAAAUGAUCACAUCUAUGUUGGUAUCGUGCAAGUUUUCUGAAGCGAGAUAUUUAACAAGAUCACUUCUUGGUAAGUUACGAAUCGGACUUGCAGAACAAUCUCUUCUUCAAGCGAUAGCUCAGGCGACCUUUUUAACCCCUGCGGAUCAGGACUUAUCGGAAUGGCCCCCAGAAAUUAUUGACGCUGGGAAAAAGAUGAGUGCCGAUACACUGAAAGCUAAAAUUGAAGAACACGCCUUCAAAAUUAAAACAUGUUACUGCGAGUGCCCCAAUUACGACGUCUUGAUAAAAGCUUUGAGGGAAGUGGGAGUUGAUGGACUGAGCGAACGAUGCAAAUUGACCCCUGGAGUUCCCCCCAGACCAAUGUUGGCCCAACCAACCAAAGGAGUGGCCGAUGUUUUGGAUAGAUUUGAUGGAAUUAAGUUUACUUGUGAAUACAAAUAUGACGGGGAAAGAGCCCAGCUUCACUUUUUGGAGGAUGGGUCAAUCCGUAUUUACAGCAGAAAUCAAGAAGACAACACGUCAAAAUAUCCGGACAUUAUUACCCGGUUCAACCAGUGUAUUAAAGGAGAUGUGAAAUCUUGCAUAAUCGAUUCCGAAGCAGUCGCGUGGGACAUUGAAAAGGAAACAAUUUUGCCAUUCCAAGUGCUUUCCACUCGUAAACGAAAGGAUGCGAAUGCAACUGAAAUCAAAGUGCAAGUUUGUGUAUUUGCCUUUGACCUGAUAUAUCUAAACGGAGAAUCUUUGGUUACAAAACCUCUCGUCGAACGUCGUGAGCUUCUGAGAGAUAACUUCCAACAAGUUAAAGGACAGUUCACAUUUGCGACUAGUUUGGACACUAGUAGUACUGAAGAAGUGCAGGAGUUUUUAGAAGAGUCCAUCAAAGGAAAUUGCGAAGGACUGAUGGUAAAAACAUUGAAUGAACGUGCAUCAUACGAACUUGCCAAACGCUCGCAAAAAUGGUUAAAGUUGAAGAAGGAUUACAUGGAUUCUGGUGGUGACUCUCUCGAUUUGGUCGUUAUCGGAGGAUUCCUUGGGAAAGGGAAACGAACCGGGACAUAUGGCGGAUUUCUCCUGGCUUGUUAUGAUCAAAGCGAAGAAGCGUUUCAAACUAUUUGCAAGAUUGGAACCGGCUUUUCUGAUGAUGAUCUCCAAAAACAUUCAGAAACCCUCAAAGCCGUUGUGAUUCCAAAUGCAAAAUCAUACUACCGAUACAACCAACAACUCGUGCCGGAUCACUGGUUUGAUGCUGUACAAGUUUGGGAAGUUAAAUGUGCUGAUUUAUCUCUCUCUCCUGUCCACACUGCUGCUGAAGGAUUGGCUGACCCCCAGCGUGGAAUUUCUCUUCGUUUUCCAAGAUUCCUGCGAAUCCGCGAGGACAAGAACGUUGAAGAUGCAACUAGCUCUCAACAAGUAUGUGACAUGUACAAGAACCAGGAGCAAGUUAAAAACUCGGACAGCAAAAAAAGUAGCAAGAAUGCUGAUGAUGAUGAUGGAUUUUACUGAAUUAAUUAUUGACUUUUCUUCGAUAUCGUAAUUAAUUAUAUACGAUUAUUCUUAAGAAUCUUAUCUUUGCAGUUUCUUAAUAUCACCAUUCAUUAAAAAUUAUUAUAUACAGAGGAGUGAUCACAGUGUGCCAUUUCUGUGGUCAUAAAUCAAGUAAGUAGACAUGUCAUAUCUCUGUAUCUAUUUAAACGAAAUCUUAAAUUCCCUUAAAUAAACAACUCCCGACACCCGUGUAA